ACACGUUAUCCAAAUAGGCUCCAAUUGAGAAGUCCAAUUAGGGUUUUUGGUUUUCGAAGCCCAUCACUAAUCAUCCUCUCUUCGCUUCUCCCUCCACGAGGAAUUCUUGAAACUUAACGGAAAUCCUAAAACCCUAAACCCUGUGUUGCGCGAUUCCGCUCCGAUUUUAGGCGCUAUUCUAGGGCUAGGUCUUGCUAUGUAAGAAGUUAAUUUUCUUGAGAUGUACCCCAUGGAUAUGUCUAAUAAUCAAAGUGAUUCAGCAAAUUCAGAUGUCCAGCCAAACAAGCGCAGAAGGAAGAAAUCCUCAGUCUGGGAGUACUUCACUAUUGUAACUAUUAGUGCAGAUUGCAGGAAGGCCUGUUGUAAAUUAUGCAACAGAUCAUUUGCUUACAUGUCGGGCUCGAAGAUGUCAGGCACAAGUCACUUGAAACGACAUAUUGAUUUGAGGAUCUGUCCUGUCAAACGACACAAUGAUCAGGCGAACAAUCUAUUGAAUCCUUGCACAACAGUUCCAAAAACAGACAUUUUUGCAAAUGGAACUGACAAAAAGAGAAAGCCACGUCAAGCAAAAACAGUGGCAAGUACAUAUUUGAAUGUGGAUGAUUGCAGGCAUGAACUAGCAAAAAUGAUAAUUCAGCACGGCUAUCCACUUCACAUGGUAACACACCCUGGGUUUGUUUCUUUUACUCAAAUGCUUCAGCCACAAUUUGCCAUUCCUAGCAUCUCUGCCUUGGAGGAUCAAAUCAUGGAUAUUUAUCAUAGGGAGAAGCAUAUAGUUAAGGAGCUCCUCGGUCAAAUUCCAGGACAUCUUAACCUUACUGUUGAUGUAUGGACCACAAAUCAGAACUUGUCUUACGUACUUCUAACCGGACACUUCAUUGAUCAUGAUUGGAAAAUGCAUAGGAGAAUUUUGAAUGCAGUGCCAGUAGGCUUUUCUGGUUCAGAUACAGCCUUUAGGGAUGCUAUUGCUCGUUGUCUGGCUGAUUGGAGCUCUGAGAAUAAGUUAUUCACGAUCACUCUUGAUUGUUCUUACAUCGAGGGAAACAUAAGAGAAAGUCUUAAAAGCGUACAGUUGAUCAAGAAUUCGGUUAUUCUCAAUGAUCAACUGGUAGUUAAUGACUGUUUUGCUCGUCUUUUGCGAGACCUUGCUCAGGAUGCUAUGAGGUCUAUGAAAGAAACUGUUGAGAAAAUACGGUACAGUGUGAAGCAUGUUAAAACUUCAAGAACUCAUGAAGAUAGAUUCACACAAUUGAAACAGCAGCUUCAAGUGCCCGGCACAUCAAACCUUGUUAUGGAUGAUCUGAAAAAUUGGAAUUCAACCUAUGAAAUGUUGAAGGCAGCUAUUGAACUCAAGGAAGUAUUCUCUUGUUUGGAUGCUUCUGAUCCCGAUUACAAGGCGAACCUCACAAUGGAAGACUGGAGACAGGUUGAAACACUGUGCAAGUGCUUGAAAGUAUUUGCCGAUGCAGCCAGAAUACUAACUUCACCUGUGUACCCAACAGCCGACUUAUUUUUCCAUGAAGCAUGUAAGAUCCAUGUUCAACUGAUGCAUGCUGCUGUGAGCCAGGACGACUUAGUUUCUGGCCUGACAAAACCGCUACUUGAAAGAUUCUCCAAAUAUUGGUUGAGCUGCAGCAUGGUUUUAGCCAUUUCUGUUGUAAUGGAUCCCAGAUUCAAGAUGAAACUUGUUGAGUUCACCUUUAAGAAGAUAUAUGGUGAGGAUGCUGAUGCUUGGAGUAGGACGGUUGAUCAUGCCUUGCACGAACUAUAUUUCGACUAUGUUGGGUCCCUUCCCCCUCCCCCGUCCUCUGUUACAGAAGAAAGCAUUGAUCCUUUGGUGAAAUCAGAGGUCUUAUCUCAAGAUGAUGGUCUUAUUACUACAGAUUUUUCAGAUUGCGACAUAUAUAUCCCUGAAUUUUUGUUUGGACAGCACAUGAAGUCGGAAUUAGAUCAGUAUUUGGAAGAAUCGCUUUUCCCCUGUGGGCAAGAUUGGGAUGUUUUGGUUUGGUGGGAAGAAAAUAGAUCAAGGUAUCCAACUCUGGCCAAAUUGGCUGCUGAUGUUCUAUCAAUUCCACUUUCGAUUGUCACCCGAGAAGCCGUGUUUGAUACAAGAGAGAGAGUGUUGGAUAACCAUCUAACUUCAUUGAAUCCUAAGAUGCUCCAGGCCGUCGUCUGUGCAAAAGACUGGCUUCAGCAUGAGUCUUUACAAGUCCCUGCUACUCCUGUUAAGCAAGAGUUUUGGGAGGCUGCCGAAGAAUAACCAAAACAGGCUUUUAUCAUCAGAAAGAAGCAAGCGCGGAGCUUUAUUAUAAGGUGAUGAACAACUGAUCUUCAUACAUGUUAUACGAAUUAAGCUUCCAUAGUUCCAUUGAAAGCAGCUCAAAAAAGAAGCUGCUGCUGCUGCUUCAAAGGGGUCUAAAGGUUAGUCUCUCCACCUUGACAAGUUAUUAUUUUUUGUUAAUCUUUGAUACGUACAUAUCUUUAUGUGUGAUUACAUAUGUAUGAAAGAAGAAUAAAAUUACUAAAACUAAUAUGAUGUUGGAAGUGAAAGCAACUAAUUUGACUUGGUGUGAAAGCGAAAGCUUAUGAAGUAAAAGUUUUAUAAAUUAAGUGAAGCAAUCCUUAUCUUCAUAGUGGCAAUUAUUCUAAUUCUGUUGGUUUAUUAAUUUAGUCUUGAUGGUAGUUUUUGAUUCAUUGAAUAUUGCUUUGGUAGUUACUUCUAUGUUUUCCUAAGCCACAAUAUAAUAAGGUUCACAGCUUAAAAUCACAGUGCUGAACAACACAGUAUGUAAUAAUAAACAACACAAUGUAUUACUUCAAGCAACACAUUCCUUAUAUUAAUAUAGUACAAACAUAACACAUAAACUAACAGCACACUAUGUAAUCACAAACAAUACAUUGUAUUACUUCUGCAAACAUACCUCUUAUAUUAAUAUAAUACAAAUACAACAUAUUAAUUA